AUGAUUGGGAGAAUACUUAGAGGAACAACUAUUGGACGCCAGAAUGUCAGCCGUUUCCACACAAGCAGUUUUGCAUUGGCUGGGCAUUCGAAAUGGGCCAAUAUCAGACAUGAUAAGGCUAAGAAUGAUGCUAAAAAAUCAAAAGAAGCUUAUGCCAUGGCCAAAAGUAUUGAAGCCAGUGUUAGAAGUGGAGGAGCACAAGGAAACGCCCAAUUAUUGACGUUGAUGGAUAAAGCCAAAAAAUUAAACGUUUCCAGAAAAAUUGUUGAUAAUGCAAUCAAGAGAGGAACUGGAGAAGUUAGUGGAGAUUCUAGUUCACCAUCAGAAGAAGUAACCUACGAGUUUAUGGGACCUAAGGGAAUAGCAUUUAUUAUUGAGGCAUCUACCGAUAAUAAGAACCGUACCAUUGGACUUGUUAAGAACGCCAUGUCACAAUUUCGAGCAUCAUUGAGUCCAUGUUUAUUUAUGUUUGGCAGAAAGGGAGAAAUCAUCUUUGAACCAAAGACACCAGAAGAAACUGUUGACGAUGUCUUAGAAGUUGCCAUUGACAUUGGUGCCGAAGACGUGGAAGAAUAUAAAGAUCAUGAAGAGGAAUAUAACGGUGAAAAAUUAUUCAGAAUUAUAACUGAUCCAUCCGAAGUUACCCAAAUCUCAAAUAAAUUAUCUGAACAUGGAUAUAAAUUGAAAGAUUCUACAAUUUCAUAUAUUGCUGAGAUUGAUAAUCAAGUCCUGAUUGAAGAAGAUAGUAUUCCAAAUCUUCAAAAAACCAUUCUCAAGUUAGAUGAUGUACCGGAAGUUACUAAUUAUUAUACCAAUAUCAAAGAGGAUGAUUAA